AUGCCUGUAGGACGCCCACCCAGUCAAAUUGAUCAAUAUAAACAGGAGAUAUCUACUAGCUUUCAGAAUGGCCAGAGCAUAUCAAAUAUUACAAAGAUGCUAUCUGAUGAAUAUCAGAUCACUAUUCAUCCCGAGACAAUUCGACGGCGUCUUAAACAAUGGGGUGUUUCACGUACGAAUCCUGGCCCUAGAGAGUUAGAGGAUAAGAUUAAGGAACUGUAUUUCAAACAGGGUUUACGUAACAAGGAAAUCAUACGUGCGCUAGAAAGGGAUGGUAUAAAAAUAUCCCAAUCCACCCUUACAACAAUUCAGCUCCGGAUUGGGCUUCAGCGACAGGUUAUCAAGCUAGAAGAUAUUCAACAUACAGAUGAUAUUGUCAGGGAAGCAGAACUCGAUCCGGAUGGGGUUCAGCAUCGGAAAAAUGAUUUCUACUGGCGACGAGGUGAAUAUGUAGUUCCUAGCCCAAAUUAUAUCUGGUCUAUGGACGGCCAUGAUAAGUUGGCCUUUUGGGGAAUUCAAAUUUAUGCUGCGAUCGAUGCUUUCUCUCAAUAUGUUACUUGGUGCUAUGUUAAGAUUAGCAACCGCACUUAA